CCGAGGUCAGGUUUCUAGCGACGUUUCGGGCUGGUGCCGUUUACUUGGCGGGCUUUGCGAGGGGUACGGCGUCAUCCCGCCGUCGUGCGUCACCUCUGUAAAGCGAGCCGGCGAGGUUCUGCGUGUGCGUCAAGGUUAUUUUCGCCGAGGUUAGCCAACGGCUGCCUGCCAGAGAGAACAGCACAAGCCCGGCCACCCUCCUGCCCUGCCCUGGUGCAUCCGCCAUGCCAGGGGACGCAGGGAGGGAUGCGGGGUCCCCUUACCCCAAUUUGGGGCUCUCCAAACCGGAGGAAAUGCCAGCAGGGGACGUGUGAUGGCUUUUGGUCGUUCCAGCUAUCCAGGCUGCAUUAGUUGUUGGUUGAGCCGAGAGUAUCCCUUAGUUGUUGCAGGUUGGGCGCUCCAAAAUGCGGUGGUCCGAUGGGCUUUCCAGUUGCAGCACUUGGGCACCAGGGAGUAAGGCUUUCCCCUGGGACAGGCAAGGAGGCAUGUGCUUCGUCUUCUGGAUGCCCAGGGCGGGCAGUAUCUUUCCACUCCAGCUCUUCUUGGUACAGUUGGAAAAAGUAGAGGAGCUUGCCAGUGCAUAAGCCCUUCCUCAGGUCUGAAGCAGAAACCGUGUGGUUUUGGAGGCAAACGUGAGUUGAGAACAGUAGGUUGGAGUUUAGUGCGUUGGUGCGGACCAUAUGCCCGAGGAUGUUGGCCAUUUUGAAAGUACUGGUGGCUGGGAAUCUGCGAGUUCCUGUGCCCUAGGGAGUAUCUUAACUUUCUCUGUAAGAAGCGAGUUUUGGAUUUCUUUGGUUAGCUCUGUGGAGCAGCAUCCCGUGGCAUCUCAGCAGCUGCACAGCCCCAAGAAAUGCUGUGGGAGAUUUGGGGUUUGGUUCUGACCUACCUCUCUCUCCUCCCUCUUUCCCAUUUUCUUUGAAGCUUACUGUUGUGGGAUUUUCCAGACCAAACCCAUGAGUUUUUUAUCUUUCUUAUCACCAUAAUGUUCUAUUAAUAACUAAUACAUAAGAAACUACUAGUUUCUAUAAACAUGUUUUUGUCUUAUAUAUAAGCAACAGGUGCUUGCUGCUUAUGUAACACUUUGGAAAUCUUGCAAAGGAACAGCAGCUGGCAGUUAACCUGCUAAACGUCAUUUUAUGAACCUGUUUCUUUUUUUCCCUCUUUUCCCCCUCCCUGUGCUUUAAUCUUCUUAAAAAACUCAGAAAUCUCCUGCUAUCCAAGGGAUAUUAUUGCUUUACAUUUGAACAUGUGUUUGCCUUAUACUAAUCCUUUGCAUUGCAACCAAUUAGUUUAAAACCUGUCCUUCAGAGAUGACCCUAGGUUGUAUGGUUCUGUUAGUUAAAGGAGCUGGUUACGUAGCUUCAGAGUCCUCUGCCUAUCACAAAGUUACAGACAUUUCAAAAUCAAGCCAAUGUGAACGAAGUGAUAUCCCUGGCUGCUGCUGCUCUCACGCGCACGCUUUUUUUUUUUUUUUUUGCUUGCCUUUUUUUUGGAAGGUGUGGGACAACUCCUACUUUCUGUCAAGUUUUGAUUGGCUUUCAAAAGAGGCAGUGUCCUAUAAAUUGCCAUCUCCACUCUGCUUCUGCACUAUUACCAGCUGAGGGACAGCAUAUUUGAAGAAGGAAGAUGCCAAUUGUCAAAAACGUGAGCAGAGCUGUCAGCCAGCUGCUACAGAGCUCUGGUUGUGGAUGUGGGAUUUCCAUCGUGCCUGUUCGAUGCAUUGGAGUCUCACCUCGCCAGGUGGCCUCUGAUGCUAGCUUUCACUCGGUUUCUUUUUCCGAGUCAGAUCAUCCUCGGGUGCUAAUUACAGGUGGUCUUGGCCAGCUUGGAGUGGGACUUGCUAAGCUUCUGAGGAAACGCUUUGGAAAGAACAAUGUGAUCUUGUCUGACAUUAGAAAGCCUGCGGAUAAUGUUUUUUAUAGUGGUCCUUUUAUCUACGCAGAUAUCUUGGACUACAAGAAUUUACGUGAGAUAGUGGUGAAUAAUCGGAUAACUUGGCUGUUUCACUAUAGUGCUUUACUCAGUGCUGUUGGAGAAGCAAAUGUCCCUUUGGCUAGAGCUGUAAAUAUUACCGGUUUACACAAUGUUCUGGAUAUUGCAGCUGAGCAUAAUUUGAGACUCUUUGUUCCAAGUACUAUUGGAGCCUUUGGACCCACCUCUCCUCGAGAUCCAACUCCUGAUCUCUGCAUUCAGAGACCAAGGACAAUCUAUGGAGUCUCCAAGGUUCAUGCGGAGCUCAUGGGAGAAUACUACCAUUACCGGUACGGCCUAGACUUCCGCUGCCUGAGGUAUCCAGGAAUUAUAUCUGCUGACUCUCAGCCUGGUGGGGGAACAACUGAUUAUGCUGUCCAGAUUUUCCACGAUGCCAUAAAGAUGGGCAAAUUUCAAUGCAACCUAAAGCCAGACACUCGUCUCCCUAUGAUGUAUAUUGAUGACUGUCUGAAAGCGACUUUAGAGGUCAUGGAGGCCCCUGCAGAGGCACUGAGCAUGAGGACGUACAACAUCAGUGCCAUGAGUUUCACGCCUGAAGAGCUGGCACAAGAGGUGCAGAAGCAUGUUCCUGAGCUCCAAGUGACCUACAAUGUGGAUGAAGUCAGGCAGGCCAUAGCUGACAGCUGGCCAAUGAACUUUGAUGACAGGAACGCCCGGAGGGAUUGGGGUUGGAAACAUGAUUAUGAUCUCCCUGAGUUGGUGACUACGAUGUUUAGCUUCCUUGGGUCUGACUCCAGGAUUGCUCAAGCUAACUGAAAUACUUUGUAAGAUGUUUCCAGAUUUCCACAGAGGACCAGGAAGAAAAGGCUAAAUUAGUUUAUAAUUUUCUGAGUCUUAGAGCAUGUCAAUUAUUAAUAUUCAUAAGUAGCAGUAGAGUUGGGCAGAAACGUACUGUAGCUGGAAUGUACUAUUAGAUAAACAACAUCAUUUGGUACUGUCUCCAAGCACAGCACCAAUGACAAACACAGAAUUCUUGAACUUUCACACUUAAGCAGCUAGAAAAAAAAGCAAAAAAGCACUUACUCCUGGCUGAUGAUUCUUCAAUCAUUCUUGCUGCCUGCCUCUUCUUUGGCAAACAACAUGGGGCAAUAUUGUCAAACCUGGUGUUUCGGGCAUAUCCUGCAAAGUUAACAAUAGGUUUUUCAUUUUUCCUGAUGGAGGAUGUUAGAUCAUAGUAAGAUAUGAUCCUUUCCACUCUUUGCUUACAAAAGAGAGAUCAGAAGAGCAACUUCAUGUUUCCAAAUUGCAGGGGUCGUUGCAAUUCUAGUUUGAAAUCAAACUUUGGUCGAUAGUUCCUAUUUAUAUAUAUAUAAAAAUAUACAGUGCUGUAUAAAAAUACACUUUUCUAUACAUAGGACAUACAAAGUAGCAUUAUUCUUAUAAUGCUUAUAGAUGUGAAGGGGAAUAGGACUUGAAUUCUCAUUAUGCUUUAAAAACCAGGGUUUACAAGCUAAGCUUUGUCCUGUUCUUUGAAAGUGCUGCUGCCUUCAGUUUAACCUCAGAGAUAGAUCUGAAAUCUGAAGAGUUACGUGUAUAUGAAUCUGGGGUGUGUUUCAAGAAGGCAAUGCCCAAGUAUGGGUUUUUUGUUAAUUAGCACUAGUUUUGGUUAUCCCAGUUGUUUGCCGUGCUAGCACGAUGGUAUACUGCCU